UGAGACUGUACAAGACAAAUAUUGGCCGACCCAGCAGUCUUCACCCUUGCUAUGUCCUGGAUAUUGAGGCACGGACAACUGCAGCUGUUUCCAACAAUGUACAGGUGGUGUAUACUAGCCACAAUCCAAACAGUGCGUCUACAAAACCUGACAUCCAAAUACUUCUAGUACCCCGGUUCUAUGUCUCUUAGAUAGAACUAUUAAGCUUGGUGUCUUAAAAUGACACUUUGGAUGCCAAUAUCGUGAAGCAUCUUACGACCCGUUCACCUCAAGUUAUUCCACUACAUAUUUGACUGUGCCCCAUGUUUCUAUGAACUAUCGCUCGCCACUUUGGACCACGCUGAAGUGAUAGCGGUUCUUUCAUGAGCCUGGAAUCCAAUUUGAGUUCAUCACGUUCUGACGAUAAUGGAGCAUCUUCUACUAUUCGGACUUUUAUUUGGGUUCGCAGUCCUUCAUCUCUAUCUUAAGGCAAGGCGACAACUGAAGGCACUGGAGGCCUUAGCUCAUGAGCAUGGCUGUCUGCCCCCUCCAUUACUUGAAAAUCAGCGGCCUUUCGGCGUUGACCGUCUCGAACAGAUAUUUAGGGCUGAGGCUGAAGAUCGGUUGAUGGAGCUUUUUCUGUUCCAUUUCCGUCAAACAGGGUAUACUCUAAAACAGGUGUUCUUGAUGACACCAGCGUAUGGGACCGUGGACCCAGCAAACCUCGAAGCAAUGUUUUCGACCAACUUCUCAGAUUGGUCAUUUGGCCCAAGAAGAGAUAUUACAUUUCCCAUGUUUGGUGACGGGAUUUUCACUCAAGAAGGCGACGCAUGGAAACGAUCCCGUGAAAUACUACGUCCUCAAUUGGUUUAUCGACAAUACGAAGAUCUUCAUGUCUUUCAGCAACCUCUCGAGCAUCUGUUGAGUAUAUUGCCCAAGGCUGGCGGGGUAGUCGAUCUACAGCCCCUCUUCUUUCGACUAACUCUCGACGUUACGACGGCCUUUUUGUUCGGGAAGUCUAUCAACAGUCUCCUAGCUCCUGAGAACUCGCAGGAACAGACGUUUGCCCAAGCGUUUGAUACUGCUCAGAGCUAUGUUGCAAGUCGCUUCCGCUUACUAGAUCUGUAUUGGCUAAUUGGAGGACGAAAGUGGCGGGAUGCAUGUGCAAAAGUACACAUGUUCGCGGACCAGAUCAUAGACCAAAAUCUUUCCGAAAGCGAAAAUGCAGAAGGGCAGAGUGAUGGGAGAUAUGUGUUCUUGAAAUCAGUCGCUCAGGCUUGCCCCGACAGAGCAUCUCUUAGGGGUCAGAUCAUUAACAUUCUUGCUGCUGGGCGUGAUACAACAGCUUGUUUAUUAUCGUGGACAUUUUUCCUGCUCGUCCGGCACCCUAAUGUUAUGGAGAAACUGCGGGCUGAAAUCAAUAAUCUAGCAGCGAGCGAUGAGGAUAUAAGCAGGUCGGAUUUGCGUAAUUUGAACUAUCUUCAAAAUAUAUUGAAAGAAACUCUCCGACUAUACCCCUCUGUCCCUGUUAAUACACGUACAUCGACCAAAACCACGAUACUCCCUACCGGUGGGGGCACCGAUCGUAAGUCACCGGUUCUAAUUCCGAAAGGCACUGCUGUCGCAUAUAGUGUCUACACCCUUCAUCGACGACCAGACCUCUAUGGCAUGGACGCGGAGUGUUUUCGCCCAGAACGGUGGGAUGAAGAUCUGCCGUUAUUCCGGGACCGAACGACGCAGAAUUACGGCUAUUUGCCGUUCCACGGCGGCCCUCGUAUAUGCUUAGGAAUGGACUUUGCUCUCACUGAAGCUGCUUAUAUCAUCAUGCGAAUCUUUCGAAGGUAUCCGAAUAUUGCGCUUCCACUCGGAGAAACGGUUGAACUAGUAGGCGUCGAAAAGCAAACUACUACGUUGGUGUUGAAGAUUGCGGAAGGUUGCAAAGUUGAACUAGGCUAAGAUGCAGUAGACAUUGUACGUAAAAUACUUCGUAGCUGACGCUUGUGUACUAUAUAGUAUGUUAAGUGAAAUCAUGACAACCCCGCUCUCACUUCAUCUUUGGACAUUUGUGUGAGUCUUGAAAGGAUGCAAGGAUGUCAUUCGACGCAGAGCCUGUUCUACAACAGAGUACGCACGACACUCUACGCAGCACUUGGAUUUGCUGUUACGAAUAAGAUUUCUGAUACCUAUAUACACACGUAUACACUUUGUUGAUUGACCAUUGACGAGUAGGUAAGUGAAUGUUAGCACUGAAUAGG